AUGGCGUCGAUAAUUUUCUCGAUUUAAUCGUAAAUGCUUACCUCUUUGCUAUUGUGGUUGAUUAUAUUCUGCGAUGGGAAAUAAUUAUGAAUAUCGUGCGUAUUUAUGUGAUUCUUUCUGGCAUAAACUUUUUUAGAAAGUGAAAGCACAUCUAAGAGGAGCAGUUUCGUUGUUUGAAUUUGGAGCCAUUUUCUGUAAAGAUUAUCCAUCAUUUGCAUUACUAUGGCUCAACAAUACCGUUUGAAAUGGAGUAAUCACAUGAGUAAUGUAGUAGAUAUGGUCAAGGAACUUUUUUCAACUGAAACAUUGGUUGAUGUUACCCUUGCCUGUGAUGGAAUGAGUAUAAAAGCACACAAAGUAAUACUUUCUGCUUGUAGUCCAUUCUUCCAGACAUUGCUUUCAGAGAAUCCCUGCAAACAUCCCAUAAUAAUCAUACCUCAUAUGAAAUAUAGUGAGCUGAAACCACUUGUAGAAUUUAUGUAUGAAGGUGAAGUAAGUGUGACUCGUGACCAAUUAGCUACUCUUACAAAACAUGCACAGCAAUUAAGAAUUAAAGGGCUUGCUGAAAUAUCCUUUGGAAAGACUUUCAUUAAUGAAUCACCUGGUGCAGCAGAUCUUGCAUUUAAUCCACCUGGGGAAGUUUCAUCUUCUAAUGAAUAUCCAGGAGAUAAUGUACCUGAACAGUGUCUGAGUAGCUUUAACUAUAAUGAUAAUUCCAAAGAAGAAAAAGCUAAAGCUCAGUCAUCAGAUAUUGAAGAAUUAACAAACAACAUUUUAAUAAAUGCAAAUAACCAUUAUGAGGCGUCCCAAAGUAAUGAUUCUUUCCAGAAUUCUGUACUACCUGAAUCAGCUGAUAUAGAUCAUUUUCAGAUUGAAUCAUCAAAAUCUCUAGAACAAAUCACCAUGCCUAAUCAUUUCUCAGAUGUUGCAAACGAUUUGACUACUCUACAAUCUCAAGAGAAGAAUCCUGAAAGCAACAUUGACUGUUUUUCAGAUGCAAGUCAAAUGUCAAUGCCUUUUGAAACUAUAGACUCAAGUGAUCAACCAGAAACUCUAGAAGAUAUUAAGUCUGAACUUAUUGAAUCAGAUCCAUCUAUAUCACCAAUUCCUGGUCCCUCACAUGAUAUUGAAGAUCCUAUGAUGAUGGACCAAUCUAGUAUAUCUUCUCAUGCAGAUCUAUAUGAGGAAAGCAAUGCAAGCUUUGCACCAAUAGAUUAUCAGCCACAAGGAAAUACUUCAGUUAUAAGGACAAUAUGUUUUUCAAAAACUGUGCCAGACAAUGAAGAAGCUAAAAAUGGUGGAGUUCCCAUAACAAGGAAGAAAUGGAAAUACAGGUGCUACAGAUGUAACUUAUUAGUAGCAUCAAGAGGCCAUUUAGACAUUCAUAUGCGUACACACACUGGAGAAAGGCCAUUUAGUUGUCACAUUUGUGGCAAAACAGCCGUAAGACAGCAUGAUUUACAAUUACACAUGCGAACACAUUCAGGAAUCAAACCAUAUGUUUGUCCUAUUUGUGGAAUGAAAUUUAAUAAUUCAAGUAAUUAUCGACGACAUUAUAAAAGACGUCAUCCUUCUGCUGAAAGAAUAGUUCAGGUUUGUAAAGUAUGUAAUGAACAAUUUGACAGUAAAGAACUACUGAAUGGCCAUUUGAUUAAUCAGCAUUCAAUAGAAAAUUGUCAUGUUUGUGUCAUAUGCCAAAAGAGUUACAAAAGACAGUAUGACUUAAAAACUCAUCUGCGAGUUCACUCUAAAGAAAAGCCGUAUGCUUGUAAAGUAUGCUACAAGUGUUUCAGUUACAAGAGUAACCAGAUUAGACACAUUCGGCUACAUUUCAAUAAGUCAAAAAAUAAUUCUGAUUCGGAGAGACAACAGGAAAAUGAUGAUGAUCCAGAUUUUAUGCCUGAGACAGAUCCAUGAUGAAUUAAAUACCACAAGUGUUAAACUUCACGUAUGUUUUCUUUUUCAUCUGUAAAUUAAACCACAACUUUAUCUAAUAUUAUGUAAUUAAAAAGAGGAUGUUUUCUUGUAUUUAAUUUAGAGGAUUCUUUUUGUUUUCUUUUAUUAUCAAUGAAUUCAUUGUUAAAUAUUGAUUUAUUUCUGGUGUUUAAUUCAGGACAUUUUUUAUUGCAUUUUUAUAUUUUCAAUAUGUUGAGAUAUCAUUCAACUUUUCUCAGUGAGAGAGAAAAAAUAAGGAAAAUUAAUAAGUAUAUUUUGUUAGUUACAUUGUUUAAAUUUAUAAUUUUUCUUUAUAAACUAUAUUUUAUUAGUACCAAGGCCAACAAAUUUGUGGUAAAAGUCUGUGCCAUAAAAACUUUUUCUGUAAUACAUAUAUUUAAAUUUAAAAAUAUUUAGCAUGCCAGUAAUUGACAUCAUAUCUAAAAUCCUAAUAUGUUAUUAUUCAAAUUAUUUUCAGCAGUAAAAUUACUGUUUGAAACUUCAAUUGACUUAAUGUAAUCCUGGCUUAUGUAUAAAUUUUAGUUGAAAAGAAUAUUUAGAUUGUUUACCUUGAAUCACUUCUGUAAUUGACAUUCUUCUUUACUAGAAUAGAAUGUCUGGUUCAAAUAGAACCAAAUGUUUUUACUUUUCGAUUCUGAAACUUAAGAAUUUGUGAAAUGCUACUCACUUCAUCUUUAAAUUUUGUUUCUGAAGAAAUAUAUCAAAACUGAUAUUACACACAUUUAAAACAUUUAAUUCCAGCCUGAAAUAAAAUUCCUCAUUGCUUGUUCUCAUGUAAAAUUUUUAGGACAGAAAAUUCCAGUUGGAAGAUUCUGAGGUGAAAUUUUUGAAAAAUCAAAUGGCUAACCAAAUUUUCUUUAUAUCCAUUGACAGAUUUCUAAAUAAGCUACUUCAUAGAGCCACUGAGGUCUAAAGAGGUGUGGGUAAGUUUAUUAAAACAGAUGCAAUAGUUCUAGUUGCCAAAUAAAUUUUUUAUGAACUAUAAAAUAUUAGGAUAUUAAUCUUUUUUAUAGUAUAAUUGGUCAGGUUUCUAUCUAUUUAAUUAUGUUUUAUUAUGACAGUUUUAUAAGCUACAAAUAUCUUCUAAAAUAACAGUGCAUAUUAUGGAUGCUACACAAUGAUGGAUCUUAAAAAAUAAAUAAAAAUAUAUUCUUCUUUAUAAAAAUGGUUUAAAAAAUGGCUCAAAUCAAAUUAUUAGCAUGAUUUUUAAGUUAAUAAUGUGAAAUUAGAUAGAUUAGUUUAUUGAAAGAAGAAUCCUAUGCAUGCACUAUCCCAAAACUCCAUUAUGCGAAAUGUCUGAAUCUGCUACUAUUUACAUCCCUUUCUCUUUUCUGCUAGCUGUUAUUUACUUUUAAAGCUUUUUAAAGUCCAUGUUUCAAGAUCUGAUCUCAUACUUGAAUGGCUUAUUAUCAGAGAUCUGAACAAUUAACCAAACUUUUUUUUAUGUUCUAUAAAUAAUUUUUCCCUAUUGUCAAUUCCUUUAUCUUCAAUGCCUAUUAAUGUAAUAUGUAUAUUCAAGAUUGUAAUAUCAUUUUUGAAUAACUAGAAUGAAGUUAUUUUCUACAUUUAAGUUUAUUUGUCAUCAUUUAAAAAAAAAAAAAAAAAAAACUAUUGGGUUGGCAACUGUGGAUUUUAAAUGAGAAGGAAGAUUAAAAAUUUUUGCUUAAAAAUAUAACUUUAAUCAGUUAAGUAUUGUUUGUUUUUGUCAAUGACUUUUUCUGUCUUUCAGCAGUGUCAUAAUUCCAUGUUCAUAAAACUUCUGCUUUUUGUCAACAAUAAACUGAAUUAAAAAUGUGGUGGAUGUGACAAUAUAUUCCAACCUACUUCCAAUAAUUUUUGGCAACUGACCAAAGAUGUGUGGGUCUUUGCAUUGUUAUGCUGGAAAACAACACCCAUACGAUUUGCCAAUUCUGGCCGCUUUUCUUGAACUGCAUCUCUCAGUUUGGUGAAUGGCUGAACAUACAUGUUUAAAUUAAUCAUUUGGUAAAAGUUCAAAAAGCAGAAUUCCUUUAUAAUCCCACCAAACUGACAGCAUAAUCAUUUUUGAUAAAUCUUAGCUUUUGGUGUCAUCUGGGCUGGUUCAUCAUUCACGAUCCUUUCCAAUUAAUGUUAUUAUAAACUAUCCUCUUUUCGUCACUAGUAAUCAGUCAUUUUAGAAAUGAAUCAAUUUUGUUGCGUUUCAGAAGCGAAUAGCUGAUGAGGUAUCCAUAAAUCCAAGCUGUUUAAAUUUUUUUGAAUGCGGGUAUGUGAUUUGUUGAGUUUCUUUACAAUCUCACUUAUUGUGCUAUGACGAUCUAAAUUGAUAAUGGCCUUGAUAUGGAUUUCAUCAACUUCAAAUGAACGGCCAGAUCGUUGUGAAUUUUUCAGUAAAAAAAAAUCACUAGAAUGAAAUUUGGCACACCAAUUUUAACACUACCUUCCUUCUUGUAUUCCCAUGUUUCCAUAGCUUCUUGUGUGCUUACAAUGCAUCCUACCUUUUUGGAAAUAAUAUAAUAAAAUAUGCUUCAGAUGUCUGUCUUGUUCUUUCAUUUUUAAAUUAGGAUAAAAUUGAAACAAAAUAAGCAACUGAUAUAAUUUUUUUACUAAAUUAAAAAAAAUGGAAGUUCAAAUAACAAAACAAUAUAGGUUAUGUGUUUUCAACAGAUUUACAAAAUAAAAAAAUUUACUAAGACCAACUAUUGAUCAAAGCCACAAUCACUUAGUUGCCAACCCAAUAAUUGAAAGGUAAAUAACUUGAUGAUAAUAAAUGAUGUGUAAUUUCUGUCUUUAGAAAUAGUAUAUAUUAUCUGUAUUUCUUGUUAGAUUUAGAAUAUUUGUUAGAUCUAGAAUACCAAAUAUACUUUACUAGAAUACCAAAUAUACUGAAAAAGUGAAAUUCAGAACUUUUUUUAAUUAAAAAAAAUAAGCACAAUAAUAUAAUAUUAUUAUUGCACAAAUAUAUUUAUAUCUGAAAAAAAUUAAACUUUCACCUGUAACUUCUGCAACAUUAAUUCAAUUGCCAUAUUUGUUCUCAAAAUAAUAAAUAUUUGUAAAUUUAUUUAAUAACAAUACUUUUUAUUAUUGUAAUGAAAUUAAUUUGUUUUCCUUAUUAAAAUUAUUUCAUCCUGGUGUUUUUCUCCCAUUACUCAUGUAAGAUAUGAAGAUAUAUCUUACUUUUACCAUAUAAGUUUCUUUUAAAAACAUGCUUUUGAUAAAAAAUGUGUGCUUUAAA